AUCUGACGACCUUGAACGCGACAUCUCGAAUCGUACUUCACUUUCUACCAACACUCGGUCAACACCACGAACAGAAUUCGGUCCAAAGAAGACACAACCAUCAUGGCAACAUUCACAGUCCGCCUCCCGCGGCCAUUCGCCGAUAUCCCACGAGCAGCCCUGAUGUACCCACACGCAACCACCAUCGAGCCCCUCAAGAACCUCACCGCCCACCUCAAGUCUGAAUCAAACGCCCCACGGUCCAUCCCAAAUCUAUGGAUCAAGCACGAAGACACCAACAGUGCGCUCGCCUACGGCGGCAACAAAGUGCGCAAACUCGAGUACGUGCUAGCCGACGCAAUCGCCAAGAAAGCAACGCACCUCGUCACCGUAGGCGGCGUGCAGAGCAACAGUCAGCGCCAGGUGGCUGCAGCGGGAAAUAGAUUUAGGAUGAAGACUGUUCUCACGCCGGACCCGAAGAUUGGGAAUCCGUCUGCGCAAGAUCGUGGGGCGUAUGAGAGCGCGGGGAAUGUGCAGAUCAACGGUGUGCUGGGGGCGGAGUGGAAGCCGUCUACACCGGAGGACAGGAAGAAGGCAAAUGCGGAAGGUGGUGAUGGGUUGGCAUAUGAAGUUGCUGCGAGGAGAGAGAUGGAGAAGAUUAGGGCCGAAGGUGGAACGCCGUACUUCAUUCCUUCAGGGGCAAGCCUGCAUUCAUUGGGUGGUCUGGGAUUCGCAAGGUGGGCAUAUGAGCUGGUUGAGCAGGAGAAAGAGUUGGGAGUUGAGUUCGAUGCUAUCGUUGUGUCAACGGCAAGCGGAAGUACGUUAGGCGGGAUGGUGACUGGAUUCAAGUUGCUUUCAGAAGUAACAGUACGGCGGCGGCUGAUCGGAAUUCAAGCUACGAGUUGUGAUCUAAUAGAAACGUCAAGGGUUGUCAAGACUUCGGCGGAGAAUACGGCUGAGCUGGUCGGCUUGCAAAAGGACUCUAUCACGGAAGAUGAUUUCGAGCUUGAAGGUCGUUUCAAUGGUGGAGCAUACAGUCACCUCAACGAAAAGACGAAAGACGCAAUCAAGCUACUGGCGAACACGGAGGGCAUCCUAACCGACCCCGUGUACACAGGCAAAGCCGUCGCUGGACUCCUUGGCCUGGCAAGAGAAGGAGCAUUCGGCGAAGCGAAGAACGUCUUAUUCGUCCACACAGGAGGCACUCCAGCAUUGUCAGCGUAUCCAUCAUUCUACUGAAAAAUUCAGACUAGUACACUACAAUGCACAUGACUCAUUCGAACUAA